ACUAGAUAGGUAAGUUCUGGGAAUGUCAACUAGACCGAGCCUUGGGAGGCUGGGGUUUCCUGCAAACCCUGCUUUGGCAGCUCCGCACUUUGCGCUCCCACUUCUCUAGAGGCCGCCCCUGGACCCUGACUCGCAGGCCAGUUGCAGGGACUGACCUGCUAGGACCGAGAUCUGGGGCCAUGAGGUCAGGAAGGACCUUACUCCCCCAAGGCCCUUCGCUCCCCACGCUAGUCCUCGUGGCGCUCCUGGUGGGUGCUCUUGGCGAGGAUAUGAUUUUUCACCCUGAGUGGGGAUUUGAGUCGUAUGAAAUCAUCAUUCCCAAGAAGCUGAGCUUCCGGGGAGGUCAGCAGGGUGCUGUGGAGCAAGUGUCCUACCUCCUGCAGGUCAAAGGCAAGAAGUAUGUCCUUCACCUGUGGCCCAAGAGGUUUCUAUUACCCCGUAAUCUUCUAUUACCCUGAAGAUCUGAAUCUUCGCCGGAACAGGAGAAACUCCUGGAGGAUCAUCCUUACAUACCCAGGGACUGCAACUACGUAGGCUCGGUUGAAGGAACUCAGGAUUCAGAGGCUACUUUAAGUACAUGCAUGGGGAGUCUUCGAGGCAUAUUGAAAAUUGAUGAGGAACAUUACCAAAUCGAGCCCCUCAAGGGCUCUUCUAGCUUUGAACAUGUCAUAUAUCUCCUGAAGGAAGAGGACAAGUUUCAGAAUCAUACCUGUGGCUUAACUAAUGAUGAACUAGAAAAACAGAUAGCGCAGAAUGAGAAUAUGGCUAGGCGUAAUGACUUUUCUAUUUCUCAUAAGCAUCAAAAGUACUUGGGAGUGGCCCUGGUCUUUGAUCGUAGAUAUUUGUUUUCAGAAUCCAAUGUUACUUAAGUCAUAUAUGGUGCCAUUCUUUUGACUGGAAUUAUGGACACCUUCUUUAAAGAGACCGGUAUGAGGCUACAUCUAAAAAGUAUUGAGAUAUGCACACAUGAGUACGGAAUAACUAUUACCAAAAUGGAUGUACGAGAUAUUCUAAAAGCAUUUGUAAAAUAUUACACCACGUACCUUUCUGCUCAGAUUCCAGGAGAUUGGGCACAUUUGUAUAUUUCAAAGUCUAUUCUUCAUGUUACUGGAUAGUCAUAUGCCUGAGGUGCAUGUUCAAAAAACCACAGUGGAUCUCUAAGUAGUUUUAUAAAUCUAAAUAUCCUUGCUGUCAGAGAUUCUGCUCAUGCACUGGGCCAUGGUGUAGGAAUGAAACAUGAUACAGAAUUUUGUCAAUGUAGGGCUAGGCGAACUUGUAUCAUGGGCACUGGGAGUAGCAGGUUUAGUAAUUGUAGUUAUUCAGAGUUUUUUGAUCACGUAAAUUCAGCAGCUCUGGAUAAUAUCCUAGGAUUGGGUUAUGUGUUGGAGACAUGUGGAAAUAAAAUUGAGGAAGGGAAUGAAGAAUGUGAUUGUGGAUCAAGGGAGGAGUGUAAAAAAGACAACUGUUGCCACAUGGGUUGUAAACUCAUGCAAGGUGCCAAUUGUAGCACUAGGCUUUGCUGUGGUAACUGCUACUUUCGUCCACUUGGGUACAUGUGUCGAGAGGAAGAUAAUGAAUGUGACCUUGCAGAGUACUGCAAUGGAAUCUCAAAUUUCUUCCCAGAUGACAGUUAUAAGCUUGAUGGAACCCCUUGCAAGCAUAACAUCCUUUGUUUAAGAGAGCGGUGCCAAAAAAAGAAAGAA